GGUGUGUGUGGAGUUUGGUAUACGCUCUUUGGAGACUUUUGUCAGAAAUUUAACACAUUAGCAAACGCUGGUCGUUUUUUUUAUUCCUUUUCCUGCAGCCCAGUUCUGAUUUCAGAAAACCAAAGGUGUAAAUCCCUGCUGAGCUGCUGAUUCAUGCUGACUGACCUGUGGAUGUGGCUCCACAGACCUGCAGUCUCCUCCAACGGUUCUCUGCGACUUCUGCGGUCAGCUGUUCGAGACGCGGAAAGCCCUGUCCUGCCACGUCCGUGCCCACCUGCGCCAGCUCGGCCUCACCUGGUCGAUAAGGACCUCUCCCAUCGACCUCCUCAAAGAGGUCAUGCUGCACGGCGAGGACAGGAAGAGCAAGCGGCCGUGGACUCCGCAGGCCUCCAAAAAGCCCCGGAGGAGCCUGUCAGCAGAGGACGGAGCUUCCACCUCCUGCACAUCCCCUGUGGAUUAUUCCAUGAAAGACAAGUCCCCGUCGGGGAAGGCUGCGGUGCCUCGUAUGGACACCUCCUGUGAGCUCUGCGGGUUUGACUUUGAGAACCGUAAGGCGCUGGCGAGCCAUGCUCGGGCUCACCUGCGACAGCUGGGCAUAUUUGAGUGGAGGGCAGACGGCGCCACCUCGCCCAUAGAGCUCCUCAGUGAAAUCAUCCAAAAAGAUCCUGCCAGGGUGACCGAAAUAACCAAACGCUACCGCUUUGGAGACCUCUACAUCAAAAAGGCCCAGAGAGCCCAGAGAUCUGCUUCCCCCUCCGCAUGCCCGGACUCUGGCGCUGCGGCCGGUGGAAGCAGGAGGACGUUGGUGCAGCAGGAGCUCAAGGCCAGCAGGAAGGACCACAGCAGCAUGAGCGUACACACUCCAAAAGGGGUCCAUCCUCUGAAACACGGAGUGUCGUCGGGGCAGGAUAACCGGAGCUCGCAGCGGCCGCCCCGCUCUGGCAGCAUCCCCGCGCUGCUGCCAAAGCCCCCCCUCACCCCGCUGGUCAAACUGGUUGGGAAGAUGUACUCCCUCAAGUGCAGGUGAGUGGCUGAGGAGGUGU